UUGCCUACCGGGCGGAGUAAUUCGUGUUAGUGUCUACUGACUGCGUGUGUGUGUGAGAGAGUGCGUGCUUCGGCUGCUGCUUGUCACUCAUUGUGCCGUGAACACGGGUAGCGACAAGGACCAAAAAUCCGUCCGGUAGCAGUUGUCCUCUCCUGGAACGGCUCUCUUUACCUCCCCCCCUUCUUUCUUCAGUAGAGACACCUCGCUUGUUUUAAAAGUGCGUCUAAUCUGCAAGGAGAAUAUCUGUGACACAUUACAAUGCUUCAAAUACGGGACCUCAUCUGGGGAUUGCUAUUCGCAGGAUGUGCAGCUGCCAUCCAGGUGCAAAUCACUCCAACACAAGGAGAGAUCAGCGUAGGAGAGUCCAAGUUUUUCCUCUGCGAAGUGGUUGGAGAUGCUAAAGACAUAGACUGGUACACCCCCAGCGGGGAGAAGAUCCUCCCCAACAGGCCAGACAUCUUUGUGAGCCGUGGCGAUGAAACCAUGUCGACCCUCACCAUAUACCACGCCAACGUGGACAGUGCCGGCAUCUACAAGUGUGUGGCAAGGAACGGGGACAAGGAAGCCCAGGCCACGGUCCAAGUGAAGAUCUUCCAAAAGAUCACCUUCCAGAGUGCUCCCAGCCCACAGGAGUUCAAUGAAGGCGAUGAUGCUGACAUAGUCUGCGAUGUGGUCAGCUCGCCGCCACCCGCCAUCAUUUGGAAGCAUAAGGGCUCCAGGAUCCAGGUUGCCAAAGAUGUGCGAUUCAAGAUCAUGGUUAAUGGCCACCUGCAGAUCCGCGGCAUCAAGAAGAUAGAUGAGGGCAUGUACAACUGUGAGGCCCGUAUCAUGGCCAGGGGAGAAAUAGAUUUCAAGAUGAUCAAGGUCGUUGUUAACGUGCUCCCCACCAUCCGCGCCAGGCUGUCAGAGGUCAACGCUACUGCAGACAGCGAUCGCUCCGCUUUGCUGGCCUGCGACGCGGACGGCUUCCCUGAACCCACCGUCACCUGGGCACAUAACAACGUUGUCCUUGAAACGGGUAAUAAGUACAGCGUGAGCGACGACGGCUCGGAAUUGUUAAUAAAAAGUGUCAAGAAAGUGGAUGAAGGAGAUUACACUUGCAUCGCCAAGAACAAGGCAGGAGAGAAAGCCGAGGAAGUCAGCCUGAACGUGUUCGUGAAACCCAGGAUUACCUAUCUGAAUAACCAGACUGCCUCAGAGUUUGACGAACAGGUCACCCUGACCUGUGAGGCCUCGGGCGACCCCACACCCACCAUCUCCUGGAGUUUCCAAAACAGGGUGUUCACUGAAGGAGAGCAGAGCCUUGAUAGAAAUAUUGUGGUACGCACCCACGCACGGGUGUCCUCGCUCACCUUGAAAAACGUCCUGUUCACAUACGCCGGCCAGUAUCUCUGCACCGCCAGCAACUCCAUCGGACAAGACAUCAAGCAAUUGUACCUGGAAGUCCGCUAUGCUCCAAAAAUCCUGGGUCCAGUGACAGUGUACACGUGGGAGGGGAACGCGGCGAACAUCAGCUGUGAGGUGGAGGCUUACCCCGGAGCCUCGGUGGUUUGGUUUAGAGACGGACUCCAGCUGCCCUCUUCCAACACCACCAACAUGAAGAUCUACAACACACCAACCAUCAGCUACCUGGAGAUUACCCCCGAUUCUCAGAAUGACUUUGGGAGCUACAACUGCACAGCAACCAAUGUGAUGGGCUCUGAGUCCAAGGAGUUCAUUCUGAUCCAAGCAGAGGUGCCAUCAUCGCCAGAAAUCGAACAAGUGGAACCUUUCUCCAGCACAGCAGUGGUGAAGUUUGAAGAGCCUGACUCCAUGGGGGGAGUUCCCAUUAUUAAGUACAGAGUGGAAUGGCGUUUGACUGGCCAGGAUUGGACCGGCAAAGAGCACUAUGCUAGUGAUGACAUGACCGCGAUCACCAUCGUUGGCCUGAAGCCAGAGACCACCUACGAGGUCAAGAUGUCGGCCAUCAACGGCAAGGGCGAAGGCGAGAGCAGCCUGCCCAGCACUUUCAAGACUGAGCCAGUCCGGGAACCCAGUGCCCCCAUACUAGAAGUCAAGGUCCAAGAAAGGGGUAAUACUCUUAAGGUCAACUGGAUCAAGCAGGACGAUGGCGGUUCCCCCAUUAAACACUACCUGGUCAGAUACAAGGCUAAGCACGUAUCCGACUGGAAACCAGAGAUCCGCAUUCCCCACAACAGUGAGUAUGUGAUGCUGAGCGGCCUGGACUGGAAUACAGAGUAUGAGGUUCACGUGGUGGCAGAGAAUCAGCAGGGCAAGUCGGAGCCUGGCGUCAUCUCCUUCAGAACAGCUACAGACCCCACUACCAUCCCAGCUACCCUUGGUUGCCGAUGUGUUACCUACAGUCUGGCAGCUCUUCUGCUGUCCAUGCUGACUGUGCUCUGGCUCUCGUAAACUGAUUUUGUUCAAGGAGACAGAGGAUAGUCUAAACCUUUGAAAUCUUGGGGCCCACAAUCCUUUGCUUUCUAUGCCUUUUUUGACCCUUGUGCAGUCACACGCAAGAUGAAAAAAAAAAAAAAUAUGAAGAGUCAAGACAUUGGUUUCAUGACGUUAUUACAGGGUGCUCAGUACUUGCAUCAUUCUCAAAUUUUGGGGAUUUAGAUUCUGUUGAUAUUUUGUUUUCAUCUGUUUUCAUGUUGUAUAUGAAUAGAUUUGGAAAGGAGAAGUUUUGUCAAUGCUACAAGUCGGACUUGGGUGCUCAGUUGGGAUACUGUGUAGACAAAGUGUUGCCGCUUUGUUUUAGAUACGAUUAGUAACACAUUCAUAAUGCCUUAAUGUGAUCUUGAGAGGGGUGAUGAAUAGAAUAAUUACCUUACACUGUUUGAUUAUGUGUCUACAAUGUGCUAACCAGAAAUGGCAAUUGUAAAGAGACUUUUAUUUUGGAAUUUAUUGCCUAUCAAACAGACACAUCAUUCCACCGUUACGUCAAAAAUGACAUAAAAGCAUGAACACUGCAUGAAAGCUGACACAAGGCAUGAUCCAGUAUUCAUUGAUGUGCUAUGCAGCUGCUUUGGAGCUCCCCAGUCAAGCAUUAUGAAUGUGUUAACCAGGUGAAGAGUACACAUGCUGUGCCUAAUUUCAGUUUUUUUUUUGGAUACAACCUUGAAAUGUCCUGCUGUACAAAAUGAGGAAAGACUUAAAAAAAAGUGGGGGGGAAACAAAUAUUGGUUAUGGGCAGAGUAUUCAUUUUUCAAGAGUUUAUUAAUUUUGGACAUUAUAUUAUGCUCACUUUCAAAUACAGUAUUAUGUAAUCGCCUUGUUAGGAGAGGACAGAAGGUUGUGCAGAAAAACUAAUCAUGUUUCGUGACAAAGUGUACAUACUCUUUUCAAACUGACCCUCCAGAAAUACAAGAAAUACGCUGGGGGUUUUUUUUGUUUGUUUUUUUGACGGUUCUUGUUCUCUUUUUACCUGAAAGCAGAGAAAUGUCUAAAAUGUGCAACAGCUGUUAAACACUAAAAAUUUCAUUUUCAACAAUGUGAAAUGAUUCUAUUCUCUGAGACAUUUUUGUAAGUACAUAUCUGUGUAUUUCCAUGUAACCAUUGUAGGGUUGAAAUAAAUUGUGUUUCUUUUUUCUUUCAUGAAA